AUGCCGGUUUUGAUGGUUUGUCUGGUUUGGUCACGGUGUGGCGAAAUGGCGCCUGUUUGUUUGGAGCGCCCUUCUCUCCCGCACACCUUCCUCUCUGCCCUUCUCUUCCUGCUGCUCGUCGCCCCUCCCAGCCUUCUGGUCUGCUCCUUCUCAUUGGAGAAUUCCCAGUUCCGGUACCAAGGCCGCACUUUCAGGACUUGGGGGGCUGUCAACGGUGUAGAAAAAGCGCCCCCGGAUGCUAAGAUCUGGGUCUACAGUAGGAUCAACAGCUCGUGGUUGCCCGUGGCUGACCUUAGGAGCAUUCUGCACGAGCAAGAACAGCAAGGGGCUUUCAAAAAGCGGGAGGUGGUAAAAGGGAAGAAGACGUCUCUAACUGAGGCGCCGCGGCUGGUCUCCCAUGCUCAUGACCCCAGCAACAGCUUUGGCAGCCUCGCCCGCUUCUCCGACGCGUCCCUUUGGGUGGCGGGCCCCAGCGGGAGCGUCUACGAGCGCUUCUGGAACGGCGCACAGUGGGUCUUCAUCCCGCACGACCUCCCCUCGGGGUCGGGCAAAGCGUCUGCACUUGCCGCCGUAAACCGCACCGUCAUUGCCACGUCAGAAAACGGGCAUGUGUAUCACAUGUACCAGAACUCGAAGCAGGCGCUUGUGUGGCGUUUCUGCGGGCCAAAGAAAGCGCAGGGUGACCGGGGCGAGUCGACGAAGUCAGCCGGGGGCCAACUAGAACGGGGCGAGAAAAAGCCAGCGGGGGGCCAACUAGAGCGCGAGGAAGCUGGUUCGAAGAAGUCGACAGGGGCCCAACUAGAGCGGGACGAAAAUGGAUCCAGAAAGCCGUCUGGGGGCCAACUAGAGCGGGACCAAACCUCGUCGAAGAAGCCGGGACAUCUAGAGCGGGACGAUGGGCACCUGGUGCGCGGCCCCGGGAUGCCAACGGGUGAGGGGGGCACCGUCUUCUUCACGACGCGGGAUGGCCGUCUUGCCGAGCUGUCAAACCUCUGGCCGAGCGCGGUCUGGGGGUACCACGGGGCACCACGAGAUGCUGACGUGGCGGCGAUCGCGGACGCUUGCCUGAUGCGUCCGAACUUCGUUCUGGUCGUCAGUUCUGCGGGGGAUUUGUACGAGUUGGAGUUGAGGCCGGCGCAUGUGUGGAGGAAGCACUCGCGGGCGGGGAGCGAGUUGGAGGACGUGCCGUUGCUGCCGGGAAGUGGGUUGGUCAUGCGCGGCGCGCAUGGAGUGUCGGUCUUUCUGCCAACUGCGGAUGGCAGGUUAGCUGAACGACGCCGGUCACGCAACGCCUGGAUGUGGCUCCUGCACAGCGGCCCCCCCGGUCUCGGCCUUUCGGUGCGCGGGCGGGGGCCUCUCGUCGUUCCGUACCAGGCGCUAAUGGCCCAAGGGGGCGCCCCGCCAACCGUUUCCCUCCACGUGGCAGACGUUGAUAAGGUCGACCCCGUGCUGUUCGCGACGGCCGAGGACGGGUCGGUGUGGGAGUACCAACCAAAGUUCAGCCUGCCCAAGGUAAAGAACACAAAGCCCCGGGCAUCAAAUUGGCGUACGGCUAAGAAGGACGGAAGCUCGUCCGGGGGUGACUCCGACCAGGGCACCUGGACCCCCCACGGCGAGGCAGGCUUUCCGAUCCAGCCGGGGGUGACCGGGAUCGAGCUGAGCAAGAAGCGGCUGGUGUUCAUGCUGGAGGACGGGCGGCUGAUUGAGCGCUUCUUGAGCGGGGCCCAGGUCAACGAAGGGUGGCCCAGCGACGCCUUUUGGAUCAUCGUGGAAGUCCCGGAGAGCGAGGGCGGGAACGCCGAGUACUGCUCCAAGGAGCGGGGGCCCUCAAAUUGCUUAGACGGGGUCAAAGGACGCCUGGUAAAGACCCCCCCGCCACAGCAGCGGCAGGCCGGGGGGGGCAGGCAGUCCCCCCAGAACGCGAAGAAACGGACGGACAUGCUCACUGGAACCGACGGGUCAGGGCCUGGGUUAGCGGCUGACCAGAGUGAGUUAGGGUCUGACGACCCGGAGUUAGAGUACGAUGAUGAGGACGAGGAAGAAGAUGAGGAAGUGGUUACGGAAAAGACGGGAGGGUUUGGGGGGCCGGUGGAAAGGGGUUGGGAAGAGAUUGGAGGGGGGGAGAAGGUGUGCCAGAGGGGCGAGCUGUCGGGCCGGGGGAUCCAGUGCAAGCGGGUUCCGAAAAGGGCCGAAUUCGAAGAAGUGUCCAUUUCCGCUAUGGGGGGGCUGGGAAGUGUCAACCAGGCCGGAGGAAGCACCCCCCCGAAACAGGCGUGGAAGGAUGCGUUCCAAUUGCGGAGCAAUCCGACUACUGGAACGGUAUACCUGGUCGGGAAAGAUGGGCGGAUUGCGGAAAAGCGAUGGAAGAACGGGGCGUGGAGUUGGAGGACAGAAGACGACCCACAGACCCAAACGGCCGCCCUCUCCGCUGCGUUCAACGGCUCACUAUUCACCGUCGAUGUUGCUGGCAACCUCUGGCUGCGGGAGCGCAUCUCGGGGGGGUGGAACUGGCAGGACGUCAGCCCCCCCAACGGGUCCGAAGUCAGGGGCGCUUUUCCGGUCGACUGGCCACCUGCGGCGAAUAAGAACAAGGAACAGCCGGAGGCGCCGCUGUACUUUGUCAGCGAAACCGGCAACCUUAUGGAGUUUGAGCUCGACGAGGGGGGGCCGCGUUGGCACGACGUGGGCACACCCUGGGCCGGAGUCUCCGUUGCCGGUAUCGCAGACCACGGGAAUCUGCGGGUCCGGAGCGUGUUUUGCGUUGGCACCGAUGCUCGGAUUUACCAGUUCAACCCGGUCGUUCGCAAGUGGCUCUUCUUCGGCCAACCCUCCUACAUCCAGCUCGCCCCCCAGCCCGGCGCCGUUCUCCGUCCCCCGGGCACCACCAAGGGCUCCCUUUUCCUGCGCUCGGAGAACCGGGGACUCGUCGAAAUCCUCUGGGGGGGUACCGCGUGGAGCUGGAACGAGCAUGGGCAGAUUCCGGGGCGGGCGGUAUUGGUUGCGGCGCCGGUCGGGCCGGCGGUUGCCCUUCCGGGGGGGGGCGUCUCGAUACUGGUUGUGGGCUCCAAUGGGGAGGUGUACGAGCGGCGGAAAGUUGAUGAGGGCUGGUCGUGGAUUAGCCACGGUUACCCGAACGUGGCUAAUCUGCCCGCCGACUCCGGCUGGCUGACCGCUUUCCAACGACGGGACACCGGUUCGUCAAAGUCCGUUGCGCGAACAAACGGAGCGGCGGACCCACUUCUUGACCCCGUAUGUAACCCAACGGUCGCGCCAUCCCGGCCCCUUUCCGUGAGCCCCACGUCCGCCGUCUACCUUCUCAGGGAUGGAAGGUUGGCCGAACUUCGAUUGAACCGGGACUCGUGGGUCUGGGUUGCUGUAGUAACAACGCCCUUUUCGACCUGCCCCGACCAAGCUCGAGAGAAAAGAUAAGAGAACUGUCCGUUGCUCCCGGUAAGCUACUGAGUUGUCUAGUUGCUUUUGAAGUGAAGGUAACUCGUAUAAGAGCAGAAGCCGUUAUAGUUUGGCUGCGUAGCUUAAUGCACACGGAUCAACGAUACUUGCGCUGAUAGCCAGGAAACCCCUCCUAACAUUGCACAAUUGCAUCCGAUGACUCAUCCUGGGAUAGAGCAUAGGGCUAGGUGCCCCAGGUCUGGUAUGCGCUGCUCCGGGGUGCGUUCCAUCUUAACCACACACGCUUCGUGUUAUUCGCGGAGCGUAGCACAGUUGUAAGACCAAAAAUCUGAUUACUGAAAGCCAGGUACAAAACAAUAAAACACUAGUCAAGUGGCGACGCUAACAGAACAGUCACGCCUUGUAAGCUGUUCGGCGAAGUCCGUCUUCUGUCCGUUCCAAUUGCCGC